CAGAUAACAGCCCCAACAGUUGGACCGAGAGCCAAGCACUGCCGCAACAACCUGAUGGGCAGCAAAACAGUCUAACGGACUCUCUCUUCAAUGCGCCUCGGAUAGCCAGUGCUGAGUAGAUGUUUGGUAGUAUGUGAAGAAGUUCCUCUGAGACACUGUCGAUAAAGAGGAAGGCUGCAGGGAGAGACAGCGGGGAGACGGACGCAGCUCUCCGUUAACUCAGCUCCAGCGCGCAACCAUGAGCGUGCCGCUUUACGCACCGACCCCCAUCCAGCAGGCUCACCCGACGCCCUUCUACAUCGAGGACAUCCUGGGGAGGACCGCCACCACCAACACCUCCUCACCCUCUUCUUCCUCCUCCUCCUCCUCCUCCUCCUCCUCCUGCUGCUCCACUCCGAUCGUUCCCACGCCGACUCUCCCGUCGCCCAACUCCUCCUUCACGAGUCUCAUCUCGCCGUACAGGACGCCGAUUUACGAACCCACGCCGAUCCACCCGGCGCUGUCUCACCACCAGCACGCCGCCGCCGCCGCCGCCGCCGCGCUGUCCGCGACGUACGCCUCCGCCGGGGCUUUCGCCGGCUCCAUCUACCCGUUCCACCACCAGCACCACCGCUCCAUGGGGGAGUACGCACAGGCGCUGCUGAGGCACGACCCUCUCGGGAAACCUAUGCUGUGGACUCCCUUCAUACAGCGGCCCUUGCAUAAGAAAGGGGGUCAGGUCCGGUUCUCCAACGACCAGACGAUCGAGCUGGAGAAGAAGUUCGAGACGCAGAAGUACUCUCCCCCGGAGAGGAAGCGACUGGCCAAGAUGCUGCAGCUCAGCGAGAGACAGGUCAAGACCUGGUUCCAAAACCGACGAGCUAAGUGGCGAAGACUAAAACAGGAAAAUCUCCCGGGGGGUAAGAGGGAGUCGGAGGAUGACGGUUCCGCCGCCGGCAGGAGCAAUAAAGGAGACGAGACGACCGAGUCCUCCGGGACCCGGAGCCCGGAUCAGAGACAGAUACUCCCGGCCUCUGAGCUGGCGCAGGCGGGCCACUGCGUGAUGCGUUCUGUGUCCCCGCAGCCGCAGCAGCAGCACACGGAGCUGGACUCUGACGUGUCGGACGAUACGGACCGGGAGCUGGACAUCGAGGACGACGACGAUUUCACGCUGAACCCGUAGCUGUGGACCACAUGGCUCCAAAACUGACACUGGAUCCUCUGUGACUUUUGUAGCCCCGAUGAUGCAGAUCACCGGACUCCUUUGACACUCACCUUCACUCCACUGGAGUCUUUUUUUUUACGCCAGAACGACGGAUAGGUUGAUAGACGGGUUCCUGAUGUAAUAUUCAUACAUCAGUAUCUUAUAAAGAAUAAAUCAUUUCCUCACAUUCCAGUACCUCUCACACGGGACAGUCAUCUCUAGUGAAACUUCUAAUGCACUCUGCUGUAUGUGUGUUGAUUGUUUCUGUGUUAUGUCCAUCACUGUAAAAUAACUGUAUAGGUCCGUAAAAUAGUUCCUCCUGUAACGUGUGUGAAUGUCGUCUCGGGCGAUGAGCGCUCGUGGUCAUAAGUCUAAUGACCGUUGCCUUAAAAUGUGAUAUUACAUUAAAUAAUCAAUGUAGUGCAAAUUAUGUUUUAUCUAAUAAACAAUUUGUUGUUGUAGAAUAA